GCAACCACGAACCCCUACCGGGCGCAGGGCAUUGCCAUGCGCGAGGCAAUCGCUCCCGCACCUUCCACGCACCCGGCGCUGCGCCACUGCGUCGCGCUCCUCCGCCUCCACCUGCCGUCUCCCUCCGUCGCUGCCGCCAAGCAGAUUCACGCGCGCGCUCUCCGUGCGGCUGGCGUGCCCCUCUCCCACCCUCUCCUCGCCAAACACCUCCUCUUCCACCUCGCUUCUCUCCGCGCCGGCCCUCCACCGCUCCUCUACGCCGUCACUGUCCUCUCCUGCCUCCUCCCCGACCCGGACCCUUUCUCCCUCAACACGGUCCUCCGCAUCGCCGCGUCCUCGGCGCACCCACGCAUCGCGCUCGCGCUCCACCGCCGCCGCCUCGCGCCGCCCGACACGCACACCUACCCGCCGCUCCUCCAGGCCUGCACGCGCCUCCUUGCACUUCGCGAAGGCGAGAGCCUCCACGCCGAGGCCGCCAAGAACGGCCUAGUGGCGCUCGUGUUCGUCAAGAACUCGCUCGUCCACCACUAUGGCGCGUGCGGCCUCUUUGAGAGCGCCCACAGGGUGUUCGACGAAAUUCCGGUGCUGGAGCGGAACCUCGUCUCCUGGAACUCCGUGAUGAACGGGUUUGCCGCCAAUGGGAGGCCGAACGAGGUAUUGACAAUCUUCCGGGAGACGUUGGAGGCGGACCUCAUGCCGGAUGGAUUCACCAUCGUCAGUGUUUUAACUGCAUGUGCGGAGAUCGGGGCGCUCACUCUCGGCAGGAGGGUGCAUGUGUUUGCGUCCAAGGUUGGGUUAGUAGGGAACAGCCAUGUCGGCAACGCGCUGAUUGAUCUGUAUGCCAAGUGUGGCGGAGUUGAGGAUGCAUGGAAGGUGUUUGAGGAGAUGGGGGUGGCAAGGACCGUGGUCUCGUGGACGUCACUGAUCGUGGGUUUGGCAGGGAAUGGGUUUGGGAAGGAUGCCCUUGAGCUGUUCGGUCUGAUGGAGAGGGAGAGGCUUAUCCCAACUGAUAUCACUAUGGUAGGAGUGCUGUAUGCUUGUAGCCACUGCGGGUUGGUCGACGAUGGGUUUCGAUAUUUCAAUGAGAUGCAGGACAAGUAUGGCAUAGCACCAGGGAUCGAACACCUUGGAUGUAUGGUGGAUCUGCUGGGAAGAGCUGGAAGAGUUGAGGAAGCGCACAAUUAUAUCACCACGAUGCCAAUGGAGCCCAACGCUGUUGUGUGGCGGACAUUGCUAGGUGCUUGUGCUAUGCACAAGAAGUUGGAACUCGGGGAGGCUGCUUGGGCACGGCUGGUUGAGCUUGAUCCUGGGCACAGCGGCGAUUAUGUCCUCCUCUCAAAUCUGUAUGCUGCUGUUGGGAGGUGGGCAGAUGCCCAUGUGCUUAGGAAGACAAUGGCUACACAUGGAGUGAGGAAAAACCCAGGGCAUAGCCUUGUGGAGCUCCGCAACUCUGUGUAUGAGUUCGUUAUGGGCGAUAGAUCACAUCCUGAGAGUGAUCAGAUAUACCAAACGCUAGCCGAGAUAGCUGAGAGAUUGAGGUGCCAAGGUUACGUCCCCCGCACAAGCAAUGUAUUGGCAGAUAUAGAGGAGGAAGAGAAAGAGACUGCUUUAAACUACCAUAGCGAGAGGCUGGCCAUUGCCUUUGCCUUGCUGAAGAGUCUUCCUGGCUCUCCUAUCAGGAUAGUGAAGAACUUGAGGAUGUGUGGAGACUGUCAUUUGGUAAUUAAGCUAAUAUCUAAGGUAUAUGACCGUGAAAUCAUUGUUAGGGAUCGCAGUAGGUUCCACCAUUUCAAAGGGGGGGAAUGUUCAUGUAAAGAUUAUUGGUAGUUGAUUCAUGUAUUGAUUGACAGUGAUGAAUGCAAUGUUUAUGAGGUUCCGUGCCGUAUAAUCAGGGGAAUGGCGGUGUCUUAUGGUUGCAGAACAGUUCUGUAGAACUUCAUUUGUUGACAGCUCAUGUUUUGACUCAACCACAGCAUAUGGUUUCUGUUGCACAUGACUACUGCAGUGAAAGCAUUGGGGCAACCUCAUCUAUUACAGCCUUACAGGUCGCUGCAAUCUUAGUCUUGGUCUAACUCAUUAGAUGUCUAGUGGAAAAAAUAAGCUUCAGGACAUGGCACAUCAGGAAGCAAGGUUGAAGCUGGAUACUGCUAGCACCACUCUAGCAUUGGAAAUAUUAUGAUGAAAAUUUCCAAGUUCUGGUUGCAUAACAAGUUCUGUAGAAGUUCAGAUGUCGACACAUCUGUUGAUUCAACCACAGUAUCCAAUUUCUGAAAGGAAGUGUGGGGGUAACCUCAUCUAUUAUUCUCAUAUCUAGUCCCAACUUACAAAAUGUGGAAGCGGGAAACAGAAGCAACCAGAGAUACAGCAGAAAUCAGGUUUGGAGCUGAUACUGCUAGUAUAUGCUACAAUUCUAAUGCUGCACCUCUUGCCUAUCGUAUUUCAGAAAUUGCUACUCUAAAAUAGUCUGCAUGGUCAAAGACUCUACCAGCUUCCAGCGGUGUUCUAACUGCUUGGCUGCCCUGCUUUACUAGGCGAUCCUAGAAAAAGAAUACAAGCAAGAAAAGUACAACGACACGAGCCAUAUUUUGUUUUCUGAACAGACAAUGACAUGAGGCAUGUUUUUCGGGUGGUCCUGUAACUAGUAUUAUUGGUAUGUGUGUAAGAUACCAAAAUGGCACCUCUCCCAUGAAUCCAUUCUUUCUGAGGAUGUGCGAGUUACAGACUUUUUGAAUAUAUUUGAGUACUUUUAGUUA